AUGGCAGCUUUCCACCACCACCACCACCACCUCCUCCACCCGAGCGCGGACCUGCGGCGGCUCUUCCACCGGCUCACCAUCGCCUCCUCUCUGAGCAUCCUCUGCUUCUCCCUGGUCUACCUCCUCACUGGAUGCUGCGAGUCCGAGCUGACAGAGACCUCUGAGCUCAAGACCCCCACGCGUGAAUUCCUCGUGUCGUGGUCAGGAUGGCCGCACGGGAGAAACGGAACCAGCGCAGCCCAGGAGGGACUCAGCGCUGCUGCUGGCGAGGGCGCGCUAAGCGGCCACCCCGGGCUGGAGGCGAACAGCUCGGGAAAGGAGUGGACGGCCACCCGGCGGUUACCCCAGGCUCUGAUCAUAGGGGUUAAAAAGGGAGGCACCAGGGCUCUGCUGGAGUUCCUGCGGCUCCACCCGGACAUCCGAGCCCUGGGGUCCGAGCCGCACUUCUUCGACCGGCAUUACGCACGGGGACUGGACUGGUACAGGAGUAUGAUGCCCAAAGCCCUGGACGGUCAGAUCGUUAUGGAGAAGACGCCUCGUUACUUUGUUACCGUGGAAACGCCGGAACGGGUCCACUCCAUGUCGCAGGACGUGAAGCUGAUCGUGGUCGUCCGUGACCCCGUGACCCGAGCCAUAUCGGACUACACACAGAUCAUCUCCAAGACCCCCAACAUCCCCCCAUUCGAGAGCCUCGUCUUCAAGAACCACAGCACAGGUCAGAUCGACUCUCUGUGGAGCCCACUGUGGAUCGGCCUGUACGCCCAGCACCUGGAGCGCUGGCUCACCUGGUUCCCCAGGACUCAGAUCCACCUGGUCAGCGGCGAGAGGCUCAUCUCCGACCCGGCCGGAGAACUGGGCAGAGUCCAGGACUUCCUGGGUCUCCAGCGGAUCGUCACGGACAAACACUUCUACUUCAACAAAACGAAAGGCUUCCCCUGCCUGAAGAAGCCGGAGGGCAGCAGUAAACCUCACUGCCUGGGGAAGACGAAGGGAAGGACGCACGCCUCCAUCGACCCGGAGGUGAUGCAGAGACUGAGGGAUUUCUACAAGCCUCACAACCAGCGCUUCUAUCAGAUGGUGGGUCAGGACUUCGGCUGGCAGUGACCCUGCCUUGUGUAGCAUCUUCCAUCCGACUGACGCAGAUGCAAAGACUCGGAGAACAGCAGGUCCAGAGCUGCUGAUCUGCCUCGGACCUGCAGAGCUGCAUCUCAGAGACUCGAUGAAAACAACCCAGUGUCAAUACUUCACCUCCACCAAUCAAUUAUCUUGUUCACGUGUCAAUUUUAUUAUCAUAGAUGUUCAGUAAAGGAGGCGACUGCACCGACGGUUUGUGGUUUGUAACGAGGGCGUCCUCUCUCCAGGUGGUCUAAUAAGGCACCCAUCUUAAGACUGUGGUUGCCAUUGGUUACCGCUGUAUAAAGUCGAUCGGUGAAAUGCACAGUGUAACUCGUAGUGUCUCUGGUCUGCGGUUCAAUCCUGUAGUUGGUAGGUCGUAACAGAUGAUGCAUUUUCACACUCCUGUGUUUCCAGAACUUUCUUUUUCUACCUGUUUGUUUUUCACUCUCACCGGUUAAUAAUUUAAAGGCAAUCAGUGCACACAUCGUUAGUAUCCAGUAUUGU